AACCAUGUCGGACCUCAGCACCAAGAAGCGGAAGCGAGAUGGCGAGAAGAACCCUUCGUCGAAGAAGAAGGUCGCCAUUGACGCACCGGCUUCGACUGCCACCGUCUCCUCCGUCCUUCGGCCCAAAUCCUGCCCUCCUGUAGUUGUCAGCACUCCCGGGAUGGAGAUGCCCUCAGAUCUAGUGUUCAACUCAUAUCUCCCCAAGACUGCGUCAUCAAAAUCGAAGAAGAACGCCGACAAGAGGCUUCUCCUUCACUCUACUACCCACCGAAACCUAGACUACACAGCACGAGAAGAAGAGGGGCGCGACUCGAAGCCACUGCGAAGAAGAUGGUUGUGCGCGGCACCGUUCGUUCCAAGCAGGUCCCGACUUCUGCAUCUCAGCAGCAGGAGAAGAAGACGGGAUGGGAAAAUGCUAACAGAAAAAAAGACCAUGCUCGACCAGAGAACAGAUCUUGGCCAGACGUUCGGAACGAAAAAGGCCAAGAAGGCGAUCCAGGACAAGGUGCUCAACGCAAUCACCCCACAGAGAAAGACGGCCGACGGCAGACCGGUCCAGCUGGACGACGCCUCCAAGGCGACGCUCAGCUCAAUCGGCGCCGUCACAUCCACAAUGGCCUCCCGAGAAGAGCUGCAGGCAGUCAUCGACGAGGCCAAGCCGGUGCCCAAGGCCAACCUCGACGCCGACGAAAUCUACGACGUGUACCGCCCCGAGGAGCUCAUCGGAGCCGACAUCCUCAAUCUCGUCCCCAUCCGCGAGUGGCAGGAGAAGGCCAAGCACGGCGAGAGCAUCCAGUUCCGCUCCCGGUACGUCGUCUCGCGCGUGCAGGCCAUUGCCUCGAACGAGUCCGCCGAGAUGCGCCUGCGCGUGCUGCGAUACCUCUCCAUCGUCCUGCUCUUCUACCUCUACUCCAAGCCCGGUCGCCAAAGGGGCACGCGGCAGGUCCCCCCGCGCGACAAGCUCCGCGAGCUGCUCGCCCCCGCGCCCGAGGCCGUCAUCGAGAACAUCCGGCGCAAGUUCUCCGACGCCGGCCAGCUGCGCAAGUUCCACAUCGACCUGCUCAUCGCGCACUGCUGCGCGCUCGCCUGCAUCGUCGACAACUUCGAGGUGGACACGCAGGCCCUGCGGGACGACCUGCGGAUAGACCAGCGCAUGAUGAAUCAGUACUUCCACGAGAUUGGCGCGAGGGUCAAGCCCGUCAAGGACAAGACGGAGGACCGCAUCCUGCACGUGGCGAAGCUCGCGCUGCCGCUGGAUUUCCCGAAACAGCGACAGAUCAGGGCGCGCCGAUGAGGAAAAUGUAAUGAGAAUAUUGGUGAGAUGGGGGGGCAUUGCAAAGGGCGAUGCACAUUUUUACGGAGUAUGUAGUACCUUUGAUCAUUCAGCUUUUGUCAGUGUAUAGAGGCAUU